AUGCAGGAGCAAGAGGCAUGCCUUGAUACAGGAGAGAGAGAUGCCCUGGUGGAAAAGAUCGUCGACUUUUCCAGCGAACGCAGUCACAGCCGUCCUUCAUUGGACGAGGAGCUGUCACCGGUUGAGAGUGAAAAGAAGGAAUCCCGAAUCUCCGCCGAGCCCUUCUUGCAGUCGGAAGACUUUGUCAAUAACAAUGACGAAGAAUCUUGGGUGAAAAGCGGUCAGGGAAGCCCAGAUAUUGGGUUGAAGGAAGAGGAGCUGUUGGAAGAUUCCAGUCCCACGGGUUCGGGAUCCUUGAAACGGAGCCUGGACUAUUUUCGGGAGAAAUUAGCAGAACUGGGGUUGGGUAAGCCAGGUGCAGGAGGAGGGAAUCUACCAUCGACGAAUGUCCUCUUGGAGGCCCUCGAGAAUACCCGUGUCGCUGUGGCUCAAUUUCCCACAGCUGCAGGAGAGUUGAGGAAAGGUUCCGACGGUACUGAGACUAACAUGACUCCCAAUCCAAAUUCUUGGCAGGAGUUGCUUUUCCUCCAGUCCACACUAUACACUCUCCAGCACCAGCAAGUCGUGCGCUUGCAGCUGAUUCAAAAACUACAGCAGCAGCUCCAGCUGUCUCAGGCCAAGGAAAGAGGGGAAGAUGCAGUAGAGCAACCGGGAAAGGAAGAGGAAAUGGAUGAGGAUGAGGAGAAGAAAGAAAUUGAAGGUAAUUGCAGCCCUACUCUGUCGCCGUCCAAGCCUCAGAAUGAAGACAUACUUGCCACCGUACUACGAGGGAAGAGCCAUGGCAUGACGGAACUGCAAUCAACCGCUGCAGUGACACCUUCUGUACGUACAGGUCCCAGUCCGACGACAGUACCCACAAUGAACAAUACUAGUUGUCCGACUUAUUCCGGUGGCAUAACGGGGCUGACGUCAUCACCACCGCCUCCUUCUCAUGUGUCCGCAUCCGUUUCCUCUGCCGUCAUCCCGCCGACGAACUACUCCCCUCCUCGGGAUCAACCUACAUCCUUGGAGUUGCUUCAAAAGACGGCCCAAGAAGUUCUUAGCAAGGCAUCGAAGAAUCUCCUCAUCAACAGCCUUGUAGAUGACUUUUCCAAGUCUCCUACCUCAGGCGACGACCGAACCAAAGAAUCUCUAUAUAGACAUCGAUGCCUGCAAAAGGAGCAAGAGGGGCCCGUGAACUUGAGUAAGUCCACCAAAGAGCUAGACAGUGAUCGGAAGCCUCGUGAUACUGGAACUUGGAAACCAAAAGGGGAGGAACAAGAUAAGGAAGCCAUCGGCGAUGGAAUCAAAGCGCCUGAUGAAGAAGACGAAGAGAGCGAAAAGACGUUGGAUUUGUCAUCUCGGUCGGAAGCCAGGGUUGGGCAAGGUCAGGGACGAGAACUAGAACAGAAGGAAGUACAAGGAGAUUCUAGCGAUUCGAACGACUCGGUAGCCCAAGAGCAGCCAGAGGAUCUCAGCGCUGCAUCUCCAUCGUCUUCAGUUUCCACGACGCCCUCGUCGGGGCUUUCCUCUUCUGGGUUUGGUGGAACGGGUUUAUCCCUCAUCCCUCCUUAUCUCUUUCCUCCCGUGACAGGACCUGGAGCUCCAUUCCCUCACCCAACCCUUCUACCUAACUUGGAUCCUGCCAAAGACCCAGCCAUCUACAACAACCUCCUUCCCCGCCCUGGUACCAAUGACAACUCUUGGGAAUCCUUGAUCGAAGUGACGCCUGCCAGCGAGACGACAAAACUUCAGCAAUUAGUGGACAACAUCGAGCACAAGCUCGGUGAUCCGAAUCAAUGUGUAGUGUGUCACCGGGUCUUAUCGUGUAAAUCCGCCCUCCAAAUGCAUUACCGUACUCACACAGGAGAACGCCCGUUCAAGUGUAAAAUAUGCGGGCGAGCCUUCACGACGAAGGGUAACCUGAAGACUCACAUGGGAGUGCAUCGUAUCAAGCCUCCUUUGAGAACAAACAUCCAUCAAUGUCCUGUAUGUCACAAAAAAUUUGCAAACGGGCUGGUCCUUCAGCAGCACAUUCGGCUUCACACGGGGGAGCCGACGGACUUGACCCCAGAGCAAAUCGCGGCAGCUGAGAUAAAAGAUUUCCAUCCCUUCGGAUCUGCAGGAAUUCCUCUCGGUCUCCUGCCCACAGUAUCCAUUCCCGGAUCUGGAGCUAAUGGGCCCCCACCAUUCCUCCAAGGGAUUUCUCCAAAGCCAUCCUCAGGGGUUGCACCUGUCAGCCCUUCCUUGCAUUCCAUGGUCACCCCUGAACCAGAUGUGAAGAAAGAGGUAGAAGACCCGAUCACGGACGGUGAGAAAGAAAAGAAUCGAAAUAGCGUCGAUACGAAUACCGAUAUUCAUUCGGAUUCGAUGGACGAAGAUCUAGAGAGCCAUGGAAAGACACCGGAAGAAGACUCCAGAGACGGGAAGGAUCAAGAUGAUAUACCGGGGGUAAAGGAGAAGGAACCGUUGUGGCCCAGGCCAGGGAAAGCUUUAUGGUCCCCAGCAGCGGGGCUGUCUGCAGUAAGCGUUUGGAAUCCCCUAAGACCGUUUGAAAGUUUCAGCAGGGAAUCCGGUAACGUUCCGGAGUCUGCUUUGGACUUGACUCCAAAGACGGGGUUGGGGGUGGCACUGAAAAAGUUUCUUUCACCUCCUCCACCACCUCCACUUCCGCCUCCACCUCCCCUAACGGGGAACGGGACAGGAAUGGUUGUACCAAUGACAUCGUCAUUGCUCACCCCCCCACCAUUGUCAUCUCUUACAUCAUCUGUCACGACGGCUCCUCCUUUCAACCCUUUCGGUCUCCCUGUAUCUCCUGGUCUUCGAGUUCCGCGAUGCAAUACGACGUGCAACAUCUGCUUCAAGACUUUUGCUUGCAACUCCGCCCUGGAGAUCCACUAUAGAUCCCAUACGAAGGAGAAACCAUUCAAGUGCCUGGUCUGCGAGCGGGGUUUCUCGACCAAAGGGAACAUGAAGCAACACAUGUUGACCCACAAGAAGUCAGAAAUCCCAGUGGAUGUCGGGGGAUUGAAAACCGGAUCUUCGGGGAUCGAACCAGGGGAGAAACCGUCGGAAAAGGAGAAAGAGGAAGAAACAAGGAAGAAACGGCCUGCUUCGGAGAACGAUGCUCCUAUCCCCAUACCAAAGAGGCCACCCGGGUUCCCAAAGCACAUGUGCCACGUGUGCCACAAGAACUUCAGUUCGGGUUCGGCUCUUCAGAUCCACAUGAGGACUCAUACGGGAGACAGGCCCUUCAAGUGCCCUGUCUGUGGCCGGGCCUUCACCACCAAGGGUAACCUCAAGGUGCAUAUGGGCAUCCACAUGUGGAAUGGGACGUCUCGCCGAGGUCGCCGAAUGUCUUUCGAGUUCCCUCCAAAUGUAACGCCAUUAGGGGGGAGUGGAUUUGGAGCUCGGCUUUCCCAACCCUCACCUGCCCUAUCUCCUCUCGUCGACAGAACUCCAGCUGAUCCAUACAACAUCCAUCCUUUCAUGCCAAUCAGGAUUCCUGCAUUCAACGGGCUUCAUCCCAAGGUGAAUGAAAUUUCCGUAAUUCAAAGGACGCGUGAUCCAAAGGAGGAAGUGAAACGAACAGUCAAAGGGGAAUUAGAUGAAAAGAAGAAAAUGGACGAGGAGGAAAUGGAGGAUGAUGUAAUUGAUGAUGAAUCGAGAAGCAAAUCCGGGUGGUUGAGAGAAGGUGGUCGUUCCUCCUCACCACCUCCGCCUCCUUCCACACCGACCCCACCUGCAUCACCGCCCUCCUCUCCAUCUCCACCACAGCCAGCAUCCUCAUCCACAGAACUACUAAUGGUCUGAUCCCCGUGUACCUGGAUGAUGGUGAUGCGGAACUUUAACCGUUGGGGUGGCGUGGUGAAUCAGAAUCCUAGGCGCGGGUGCGGUGCAUACUGUUGAAUUGAUUACAAUGGACAUAGCUGCUACUUGGAGGAAGACAGGCUGCUGCUCACUUAUACGCUUAAUUCCGCACCACUGAAUGUGCUCUCGUCUCCACACAUGAAAUACGUCAUCUUUUCAUCAUUGUGAUUCCAUUUCCAAGAAUAUUGAUUUUAUAUUAUAUGAGAGAGAAAGAGAGAGCGGAUUUUUCCCAGCCACCAAAUUAAGAUGAUUGGAUGGCUAUCCUGGUUCUUUAGAAAGUGAUCUCAAAAGCAAAGAGUGAGGGACUGGAAGUGGUGUUGUAAAAGGAUCUCUCAUCUAUGCUUUUUUCCUUGUUCCUCCUCGAGCGUCAAACCGUGAUUCGGGAGGCGAAGAGAGACAGAGAGAGGAAAAUGUACAGUCUUUCCUCAUCAUACGUUAUGGCUGUUCUUGCACUCUCGCUGUCUCUCGGUCACUCCCUUGAAAGAAAAAAAUACAGUAAAUCCAGAUCUCCAGAGACAUGACGGACACAAUCCUCUGCCCGUCUCUUUCAUCUUCUUCUGCUUCUCCUCCAUCAUGAUAAUCGAUUGAGGAAUGGGAUGAGUGAGGCAACCCACUCAAAAUAAGCUUGUGUUGGUGUAUUCUUCGGAGCAUAUGAUUUCCAGGAUGAAGCGCUUUUUAUCACUGUGAUCGAUUUAUUGAUUGCUCUGUAUUUAUUGAGGUAUUUAAAAAUUGACGGUUUCCCUUUCGGUUUCCUGUACAGUACAAUGGUGGGAAUGCACCCCCCUCCACUAAGUUUUCAUUCAAUCCUCAUGAAGAGUAAUUUUUCUGUUCAGUCCUCUCGCAUCCUCUUUUUUUUAAUUGCUUUGAUAUGAUGUUGAAUGACCAUCCGUAAUUCCUAAUAGACCAGAGGCAUGUUUGGACUGGCUAUUAUUCUCCUCUCUUCUCCAUUCUCCCUCCCUUCUCUCUUCUUCUCCUAUAGGUGAUUUAAAUGAAGGACACCUGCGAUUGAGAAAAUAAACAGAUUCUACGCCAGA